CCACAAACCUCACUCCUUUGCCUCCUCCACCACCACAAUGUCGCCGCUCCUCCUCCUCCUCCCCCUCCUCCUCCUCGCCCCCUCGGCCCGCGCCCAGUCCGCCCCCGCCCCAGCCCCCUCCGGCCCCAUCAACAUCACCGCGGUCCUCGAAAAGGAGGGGCAAUACACCCGCUUCAUCCACUUCCUCAACGUCACCCAAGCCGGGGACCAGCUCAACAACCAGCUCAACAACUCCCGCGAGGGCAUGACCCUCUUCGCCCCGACCGACAACGCCUUCCAGAACCUCCCGCCGGGGGCUCUCAACGACCUGAGCCCCCAGCAGCAGGUCCAGCUGGUGCAGAACCACAUCUGCCCCAAGUACUACUCGCUGACCGACCUCCUGUCGGUCAGCAACCCCGUCAGGACGCUGACCACGGGCCAGAAGGGCGGCGUGUUCGGCCUCAACAUCACCGGGCAGAACAACCAGGUGAAUGUGAGCACCGGGGCCGUGGUGGCCCCGGUGUACAACGCGGUGAGGAAGGACUUCCCCCUCGCGGUGUACCAGGUGGACAAGGUGCUGAUGCCGCGGUUCGACGAGGCCGGGGACGAGGACAAGAAGGCGCCCACCGCGGCGCCCAAGGGAGGGGAGGCGGACGGCGGGGACGCGACGGCGCCGUCGACGCAGAGCCCGGACGGGAAUGGGGCCGGGAGGAUCGGAUUCGUGGCGGCGUUUUGGGUGAUGUGCAUGGGAUUGGUGUUGUGAUUUUGGGGAUGAGUUUUUUUGGUUUCUUAAAUUGAUUAUGGUGGUGUUUUUACUUUUUUCUUUUAAAUAAUUAUUUGGUUGGUUGAUGUUAAAUUGUUUUAUUUGAUUCGAUUCUGAUUUGUGGUUUCA